AGAGCAGCAACAUGGUGCGUCUGGUCCCUUCGCUCGUCGCCGCCGCGCUCGCCCUUGUCGCCGCCGAAGUGCCUGUCAACGUCAUGCUCCCGCUCGACACGGUCGUUUUGGACGCGAAGGCGUGCAGCAGCACCCGGCUCAAGAAUGCAACGGCGCUGGGCCUGCAAUUUGAAAAGCUCAAGGCGAGCGGCGCCACCGGUGUCAUGGCCGACUGCUGGUGGGGCCUCGUCGAAGGUGCGGGCCCGCGCCAGUACGACUUUGCUGCGUACGCGGACCUCGCUCGGCUCGCCAAGGCGUCCAACCUCACGAUUCAGAUGGUCAUGUCCUUCCACCAGUGCGGCGGCAACGUCGGCGACGAGUGCGACAUCCCGAUCCCGCGCCACUGGUUCACCAAGGACGACGUGUGGUACACAACGCAGGCCGGCUUGAUCACGAAGGAGUACAUCUCGCUCUGGGCCGACGCGACGCCGCUCGACAAGUUUGGCCGCACGCCGCUGCAGAUGUACAGCGAGUUCCUCGCAGCCUUCAAGACGCACGUCGUCGACGCAUACCCUGGUGUCGUCUCGGAGGUCCAGAUCGGCGGCGGCCCCGCGGGCGAGCUCCGGUACCCGUCGUACCAGCUCCAGGAGAACCGGUGGAGCUACUGCGGCGUCGGCGAAUUUACGAGCUACGACACGUACGCAAACGCGAGCAUCGUGGCGCACGCCGCGUCGACAGGCCACGCGCUUUGGGCCACGCGCCCGGGUCCGAGUAACGCCGGCAACUUCAACUGCCUUCCGAGCGAGAACGGCCAGUGCCCUUUCUUUGCGAACGGCGCCGACAACUUUGCGAGUCCGUACGGCCAGUUCUACCUCGACUGGUACAGCGGGUCGCUGCUGCAGCACGGACGCGACCUCACAAAGCUCGGGCGCGACGUCUUUCCCGCGCCGUUUGAGCUCUCGGUCAAGGUCUCGGGCAUCCACUGGUGGUACGACUCGCCGCACCACGGCGCGGAGCUCACGGCCGGGUACCAAAACACCAACAACAAGAACGCGUACUACGACAUUGCUUCGAUGCUCAAGGAGCACGACGUGCGCUUCUGCUUUACGUGCAUGGAGAUGAACGACAACUACGACGACAACGACAAGUGCCGGUCGCGCCCCGGGAAGCUCGUGGGCCAGGCCCGCGACGCCGUCACGGCGCUCGGCCUGAGCUUGAAGCAUAGCUUUGCGGGCGAGAACGCGCUUCCGAUUGGCGGCAACGACCAAAUCACGUCGAUCGCGGGCCACAUCGCCGGCGCCGCGUCGUUUACUUUCUUGCGGCUCACCGACACGUUUGACUUUGACUACUUGGGUCGCCUCGUGCAGCGCUUGAAGACAGUGUAAAAUUAUCCUGUACCCAAACCUGGAUAUAAAAAAGUGGUGUUGUAUACUCA